UAGUACUACCCAAAAUGGCGGCUCCGAAGAAACAAAAAACAGUACUUAGAACUGUUGAAGCCCAGGAAUAUCUUUAUAAACAUCGAAUUAUGGAUUUGUUUAAUAACUUAACAGCUCAGCUUAUUUAUAAAAGACCAGAUAAUCCAAAAGCGUUUUUGAUACAAACUCUAGAGAAGCUCCAGCAGUCCAGGGCAAUGAAAGGUGAACACCCUUGUUUGUUUGACGAAUCAAAUAUAACUGCUGUGUUUGGUAUGCUGGACCCAACUGGACGGGGAUAUAUUACUUUAAAACAAUAUAAUGAAGCUAUGUUAACUGUUGGAGCAAAAGAUUUUAAUCCCAUGCCUCUUGGACAUGAAGAAGAUGCUAUAAACUUGAAGACUUUCAAAAAAGAAGCCAUUCAAGGACUAGAAAAAGCAUCAGCAACGUUUAAUAUUUAGUAAACUGUGAGUUCUGACAACAUGCAGCAAGGAAUGAAUGAAAACUACAGAGAUAGCAUAACCUAGUCAAUGCUGGGACCAUCUAGACUCGGGAAUUUAUUUUUGUCUUUCGUGGGGUUGUUCUAGAUGCUACAAUAGUACAAUUACAGCCAGUAUUCUUUAUUAUGGGGUUGGUUUAAUUUUCAAUGCCAUACUUCAGGCCAUACAGCUGUGUGACUGCUGUACAAUCAAAAGUAUUUGUUUUAUAUUUUAGGCUGAAUUAUCAAUUUGCAUUUUAAAAUUACACUUAGUAUUUUGAUUU